CAUGUUUGUGCUUGUUGUAUCUGUGCAGUAAGAUGUUACGUCUUGUCAUAACCUGUGUUCUUUCAGCCCUGGUCAUCAGUACACAUGGAUGGGUGGCAUAUUUUUAUAAUCUUUCUCUCAGGAGUUGUUUCCUGCAGUCGUGAUCAGAUUCUUGGAUCGGUAUCAGAGGUGACCGUCAGACCAGGGGACAAUGUUACUCUCUAUUGUGACUGCAAAUUAUCAAGAGGAGUAUACAUAUUGUGGUACCGGACCUGCUCUCAUGAGAACCAGCCCGCUCUUGUUCUUAAAGCCUCACAAACGUUCCCUCGUUUUCAGUUUUUGAAGAACCAUUCCUCUGAAUCUUAUGACCUGCUGAUCAUGAACAUCACUGAUUCUGAUGAGGGUCUCUACUACUGUGGGACUGAACAGAUGAAGGUGGAAGAUGAAAAAUACAUCACUUCCAAAAAUGUCUACAGUUAUGGCAAUGUAACAAGGAUCCUAUUGAAUUCCAGACUGUGCCCUGACUCAAGCAGCGUUCCCAACCUAUCCUGGAUGAUGGUGAUGUUCUCGCCAGCCCUCACUGUUUUCUCCUCUUUCCUCUCCUUCAUUUUGGUUUAUCACUUCUGUCAGAAAACAGGUAAAGAACCUCAAAUUCAUCAGAAAAUACCUGACACCAGAGAACUAACAAGACAGAGUCAGGAUGAAGAUAUGUGUGUAACCCGAGUUGUGUUCUGGGCUAAGGAUCUACAAACACACCAUUAGACUGAGGAUGGAUAGCAUAGGCACAUUUACUUUGUUUAAAGCAGAAAGAAAAGAGAAUUAAAUGAGUUCAAUUUCAAAAAUGUUCAAAAUCAGGUCAACGGUUUAACUUGCCAUUUCCUCUUGUAGCUUUGUAUUCUUGCAUGUAUGUCCUGUGGUUUAAGACACAGUGUCAGUGUUCUUAGACCACCAAGUGAGUGAGCACAAGCUUUGUGGCUAAUUUGUUAUCAGGUUUAUAAUCAACCAGGCACAUUUUCACAUUUUUUUAAAAUUCGCUGUUCCUUUGGCCUGCAUCUUACAGCUUACAUAUUUUUUUAUUUUGAUUUUGAUUAGUUAUCAUCAAGUAAUAUGAAUUUGUUGUACUGUUUUACUUGUGGAAUAUUUUAAGGAUUCUAACUCUUGAUUGACUCUUAACUUAUUGUUAUUAUUACAUUUUAAAUCUAUGCACUUACUAGCUGAAUGCUAUUAUGAACAAAUUAUUAUUCCACUUUCCAUCUGUGGUUCCUUUUUCCUGUGAUAUGUUUUGAUGAAAUUCAGGUAACAGUGAGUGCAAAUGACUGACUGUAAAUGUAUGAAAUAAUUCAGGGAGAUUCAGUUUUCUACAACAGCAUGUUAAGAAAGAAAACUUUAUUGACCAUAAGUGUGUAGUAGAGGUUUUCGCUACCAGCCAACACUGGAAAGAAUGAUGCAGCUGAAAGUUUGUAAAAAGUGUGUAUACAACACAUGUUGUGUUCUGGGCUCAAGACAGACAAACACACCAGUAGGCAGAGACCAGACAGAAGAGGGGGUCUUCAAAGACAUCACACAGCAUGAAAUGAGUUUAAAACCAAAAGCUUCAAAUUCAGGUCCAGAGUUUAA